AUGCUGUUGGACUUCAUGAAAUUCUGCGCCACGUGGUGUUUGCUGCUGCUGGUGUUGCUUGUGUGUGAUGCGCGUGAAGUGCUGCCUCCUCAUGCCUAUGAAAACCGCACCUUGUAUCCCGUGCUUCCAGUCUACGACCGCCGCCCACUGCUAAGCAUUGGUGUCCUCAGUGACAUUCAGUACACUGACCAAGAAGAGGCAUCUCGCCGUCAUUUUCGUCUCAGCCUCAAUAAACUUAAGCAUGCAGUGAGUGAGAUGAAUGCUAACCGUAGUCACCUGGACCUUGUCAUGCACCUUGGCGACACCGUCAAUGACAAUAUCAAGAAGAACAUAGUGGAGAUUAACUCACGACUGAAAGAGCUGCGAUUUCCCUUCUUCCAGGUGCUGGGGAAUCACGACUUUCAAUUGCUGAGCGAAGAACAGCGGGGCCAAGUGCCCCACUUGCUGGGGAUGCCGGCCCGCUACUACAGUCUCCGAGCGGGGGAAGGCAGCGCGUUUCUUCUUAUCGUGCUUGACGGCACAGAUAUGUCUCUGUACGCGACAACAGCUGGCACCGUUAGAAGGGCGGAGGCGGAGGCCAUGGCGCGUCGGUAUCGCAGUCGAAAAAGUAUGCGAGAUUUCAACGGCGGCAUCGGCGAAGAACAGAUGCGGUGGCUCCGCGCUCAGCUUGAGUACGCUACGUCACAAAAUCUAGUGACACUGGUGCUCUGCCACUUCCCCAUGUAUCCUUACAAACAAGUGCUGAAUCUAUGGAAUGAUGUUGAAGUUGUACAGUUGCUCUCUCAGUAUCCGUGUGUAGCGGCUGUUGUAACGGGCCACACACAUCGUUGGGAGUACAAGACGCUCCUGGUCCCGCACCGAAAUGGAAGCUUUACCAUUCAUUUUAUCACGUUUGGAGGUAUUGUGCAGUCUCCUUUUACUUCCUGGGGUUUCCUGGAGGUGUAUGAAAAGGAGCUGCAUGCCCACGGCCUUACAUUCGGGCGAGCCUUUGACUAUCACAUGCCAAUCGGCGGGAUGAGACGACUUGGAGCAGAAAUGUCACCGGAUGCAAUACGGAUGCCGAUUCGGCGACGGGCCGUGACGUUGGUCUCUCGCUGUGGUGACGGCGAUGGUCAAACUCGUCCUCCACUGCAGGAAGUUGUUCAGCUCGCUGCCAUAGAUACUGAUGAGCUACCGAGCUCAAUAGACGCUGGAUGGGUCCUUGGACUCCCACUAGUCCUUAUUGUGGCUGUCUUGGUAUGUAUGCGGUGCUGGCGAUACCGGAGGUCCCAACGCGCUUCUACCAACGGAGGCCUCGAAGGAAGUGGGCGAUGGAAGAAUUGA